UCACCCACAGACGCCUGUGAAAUUAAUAAAAUAACCUCAUGCUAAUUGCAUCUGUUGGUUUGGGUCAUCGAGUUAAGGGGGAAAUCGCCACCCUUGAAAACGAGGGUCUUUUCAUUUUGGAGGUCCCACCGAGAUGCAUUUUGAAGCCCCCCUACUCGAUAACCCACUGAGCCAAACAGGAGGUGCCUUCCUUCACCGGGCUGCUGCUCCUAUGCCCUGCUCACGUCGAUGGACUAUGGAUCCUACCAGCAUCUACAGAAAGGACAGGUGGCUGGCAGAGCGGCAGGCUGAGCUGUGCCAGGCAGAGCCGGAAAUGAUGGCGAAGCUCUCCUGGGGCACAAGGCUGGGAGUCCUAGCCGAGCAGGUAUACAAAACUGAAGACCCUCCAGUUGGUGCAGCAAGAAAUCUAAAAGCCCCCGACAGCUGCCCACCAGGACUCAGAUCGGGUUCCUGUCACCCCUCACCCCUUCAAGAUAGGCGACAGCGUUUGGGUCCGGAGACAUCAGACAAAAACUUUGGAACCACGGUGAAAAGGUCCAUGCACUGUACUCCUGACCACCCCAACUGCUCUGAAGGUGGACGGAAUUGCUGCCUGGAUCCACGCAUCGCACGUCAAAGCAGCCCAGCUGGAGCACCUCAUCGACAAUCCGGAUCCAGGAUCACCAUGAAAGCUCCAGCACACCCAAAACCCACUAAAGAUAAGACUUGUCAGGGCUUAAUAUUGAUCACAACCCUGGCCCUCCUUGCCCUAGAUGCCAGGGUCGCGGGGAGCCCUCACAUACCAAAAAAACUUACUUGGCAAGUGUUCUCCCAAUUGGGGGACAUGGUCUAGUCUGUCACUGGCCUUCACCCUCCGGGGGCCUGGUGGCCUAGUCUUAGCCCUGAUUUUUGCCAGCUGGCCGCGGCGCUUGAGACAUGGGGCAUAGCUGCUUUUAAAUAUGAUCAGCUAACACUUAAUAUGGAACAACCUCAGGAGGCGAUGGGAUAGAAGGCUGUUCCAAUCUUAUUAGGCGACUUCUUCUUGCUCCACUUGAUUUUUAUGUCUGCCCCUGGGAUGGGAGAAAUCAGGCUACUGCCCACCGAUGUGGAGGCCCUGGGGAAUAUUUUUGUGCUGCCUGGGGAUGCGAAACCACAGGUGAUGCGUAUGGGAACCCAUCCUCCUCCUGGGAUAAGAUUAUAGUCCGCCGUGGAUAAAAAAAGCCUCCCCACCUUGAGAAAAUACUAAAAACAGGGAACUGCAGGCAAGGAACAGGUGAAUGGUCCUGCACCUCGGGAUACUGUUUACCCCUUAACAUUUCUUUUACUCCCCAAGGAAAGCAGGAUUAUCAAAGCUGGAUAAAGGGACCACCUCGCCUCCUAAUGCCGGGGAGAGAUUGUACGAUCUGAUAGAGGGAACAUACUCGGCCAUUAACUCCACUCAGCCGGAGUUAACACAAGCCUGCUGGCUCUGCCUGGCCCCUAGUCCCCCCUAUUAUAAAAAAAAAUAGCCAUAACUGAAAAUAUAACUUAUGCUAACAGCAUCCCAGAGGUCUGCAAGCAUCAGAACAUAUACAAGUUAACCCUCCCUCAAAUAGGACAAGGAACAUGCUUAGGAAGUGUGCCCCAAGCCUAUCAGCCUUUUUGUAACCACACACUGACAUUCCCCAAGGAAAACUAUUACCUGCUCCCCCCUCCAGGGACAUUGUGGGCUUGUAAUUCGGGCCUAACUCCGUGUGUGUCAACCCAGGUCUUUGACCAAAUUGCAGACUAUUGUAUACUGGCACAGAUACUGCCCCACAUUAUCUAUUAUGCCCCAGAGACUGUUAUGGACUUUUAUGAAGGCAGUUCCUGCUCCAAAAGGGAACCCAUUACGUUGACCUUGGCUAUGCUGCUGGGGGUAGGAGGGGUUGCUGCAGGAAUAGGAACAGGGGCUGCUGCACUGGUACAAGGCAACAAGCUGGCCUACCUUCAGGACAUCAUUAGUGCAGAUCUGCAGGCCCUUGAAAACUCCAUCUCCCUGUUAGAAAACUCUCUUACUUCCCUGUCUGAAGUGGUUCUACAAAACAGGAGGGGACUAGAUCUGCUGUUCCUUAAAGAAGGGGGCCUAUGUGCGGCCCUUAAGGAAAAAUGUUGUUUCUAUGCAGACCAUUCUGGAGUCAUCCGGGAUUCCAUGGCUAAGCUUAGGGAGUGUCUCAAACAGAGACGCAGAGAAUAUAAAACACAACAGGGCUGGUUUGAAGGAUGGUUUUAUAGAUCUCCUUGGUUGACCACUUUAAUCUCCACAAUUAUGGGACCCCUUAUAAUUUUGCUCUUGAUUCUGACCUUUGGACCUUGUAUCCUUAAUAGGCUAGUUCAGUUCAUGAAAGACAGAUUAUCUGUAAUAUAGACUAUGGUUCUGGCCCAGCAACUAACCCAACCAGGGAACAAGAACAAUGGGUUUAAAAAUCUAUUCCCAAAAAAAAAAAAAAAAAAAAA